CGUAGAGUGUGGAGCAGCGGCUUGUACAUCCUACGUAGUGCACGACAUGUCCAAUGGAUAUGCAUUUCGUAGUAGGAGACCGAGAGAAUCGGAGCGAUAACGGAACUCCUCCAUUGUUUUCGUGCACAUUCCUGUCUUCACAGCGGGGUGAUCCGUCCGCCUCUCGCAUUGGCUGAGCGCAGAGCUGAACUCCGAGCGCCUGCAGCGUCUCAGCCUUGUAUUUUUAGCUCGGACUGUGGUGAGCAGUGCGCUGGUGCUCUGCGUGGAAACUGCAGCACCUCGUUCACCGCUCAGCGUCAGCAUCCAGCUACGGAUUUGGACGCAGUAACACGCAGAAGCAGUGCGGUGGGGAAUCGGGACAACGCCGAGGACUUUCUAUAGGAAAUGGCCAGUGCUGACGAGGGCUCCGGUUCCCGUCCGGAUCACCAUGAAGCCACCGAGUGCAGCUCGGGACCUGCGUUUCAGGAGGCGCAGAAAUGGAUAGAGGCAGUGACAGGGAGAACGUUUGGCGAGAAGGACUUCAGGAGCAGCCUGGAGAAUGGCAUUCUGCUGUGCGAGUUGCUGAGUUCCAUCAAACCGGGACUUGUGAAGAAGAUCAACAGACUCCCGACCCCCAUCGCAGGACUUGAUAAUCUAACCAUGUUCCUAAGGGGAUGUGAGGAGUUAGGACUAAAGGGAUCACAACUGUUCGACCCAGGAGACCUGCAGGACAUGUCUAUACGUGCCAACCUAACAGGUUCAGAUUGCAGUCGGAAGCUGAAGAAUGUGCUGAUCACUAUUUACUGGCUGGGCAAAACUGCAAACUGUUGCACGUCAUAUAGUGGUCCGACGCUUGACCUGAAAGAGUUCGAAGGCCUUUUGUCCAUGAUGAGGAAGGAGUAUGUAAAUGAGGAGCCUGAGUCCCCUAAGAGAAGUGUUCGGGACAGCGGAUGUGUGGACAACUGGGAAUCGGAACAUUCGGAUUCCUUGUCACCUCCGAGGCACAGGAGAGAGGAUUCGUUUGACAGCCUGGACUCCUUCAGCUUGCAGUCACAACUCACACCUUCCCCUGAUACUGUGCUCCGUUCUAGCAGUGAUGAUCUGGAGGGAGAUCACAGGAAGGUGCCAGAUGUGCUGAAGGAUGACAUGUCUGCCCGCCGUGUCUCUUUUAAAGAGCCCCGCGCUGCACUGCCGUUUAACCAGUACCUCCCCAACAAGACCAAUCAAAGCACCUUCGUACCUGCUCAUCUGAGGAAGAGGAGGAGCGAAAGGGAAGAAGAGCGCAGGAGUGGCAGCAACUCCACUUCGCCUGUUAGCGAGAAGCCUUUUACCCUCGACUCCCAGAAAACUGUGACCUGGGCAGUUGCUGUGGGGGCGGAGCCUCAGCUGGAUGAGGCAGAACUUAAGAAGAUGAGAAAGUUAGAGAAGGCGGGUAUUAAAGUGUUGCCUGCUUUUGUGCGACACAGCAGCCCUAAGGUGACUUCCAUAGAGUCCGUUCAGGCUAAAUCUCCGUCUCCUGAUGUCAUCCGUCAAUGUGAUAACAACCUCUCUCAGGCUGAAUAUCCCCACGAGUGGAAUGAGGAGGAUGACGAGGAGGACGAAGAAGGAGACAAAAAGGUCCCAGAUAUUCAAAAGGAUGACCUAGCGUCCCGCAGGGCGCGCAUGAACCAACCGAAACCCAGCGCCGCACAUCAGUUCCUGCCUAGCAUGUGCAGCACAAAGGAUCGCGAGCGCUGGGAGGGAAUCCGGCUUUCCUCCCAGCAUGCCGUGCUGGAGAUGUUGGAGAAGAUGGAGCAGGAGAAGAAAAGCGACUCCGACACCGCCUCCACCGAAGUGUCCAUUGUAACUCGCAAGCACAACCCCUUCCUCAGUCCUCAAGUGAAAAAGAAAGAUGAGGACAAAGAGAGCGACGAGGACAAUGACAAGGGGCAGUCCAUUGUCCCAAAUGUACAGAAGGAUGAUCUCGCUAGGAGGCGAAUUCAAAGCGGGUCUCUGCCCCAAAGGGAUCCUCGUCAGUCAUUGGUUCAGAGGAGUAUCACUCAGUCAGACCUCGAGAAGUGGCAGAGGCUUUCGAUGGCCAUCGAAAACAGUGAGGUGGCUCCAGCUGAAGCGUCAAUAAUAACUCAUAAGGACAACCCUUUUCUGAGCCAUGAAAAAGCAAGAGACAAAAAGGAUGAUGAGGAUGAUGAGAGAGAGACAGAAGGAGAACGACAGGCCGUUUUGCCUAACGUACAGAAAGAUGAUCUUGCUAGGAGGCGGAGUCAGACUGGGGCCCUCACACUCCGGGAUCAUCAGCAGUCAUUAGCGCAGACGGUCAUGACGCAGUCAGACCUGGAGAAGUGGCAGAGACUGCAGAUGAGUACAGAUAACAGUGACUCGCCCCCUCUGUGUCAGUCCUGCCGCGCCACCUCCUCGGUGAAGGUCGCUCUCGACCCGGCGCGUUCCCGUGGCGACCGCAAGCGCAUUGUGACAUUUGGGGGUGUGACUAAGGUGGAGAGCGUUUCCUGGGAAGAGGAAAGGCAGGAAGAAGAGGGUGGGAAGGAUGAGUCAGAGACGCUGCAACACCUCUCCUCGGCAACUGUUGCCAUGCCCACCGCUGGGAUGAGCUCAGGGCAAGAGAGAGAUGGAUUUUCAAGUAUCCCAUCGUCACCCCUCAAGAUCCCGCAGCCCUAUAUUACUGACCCGAAACACCCCUUGACCCUCGCCGAGCGUGAGGCUCUUGAGAUGAGUCUGGCUGAGAAAGUAAUUGAUGAGAGGGAGUAUGAGGAAGAGGAAGAGGAGGAAGAAAAAGAAAGACAGCCUGACUUACAGAAGGAUGACAUGAUGGCCCGGCGGACUGGAACGUUUCAGAAAGCGAGUGGAAAUGCAUUCAAUCGGUUCCUCCCUCUGCCUGGCACUAAGAAGGAAACACAUUCAGCUGAUUCAGUUCCGAACGACAGCAAGAGUGAAGCCCGAGAUUCGUUCUUGGAUAGAAACAUAAAAACAAAGCGAUUCAAAGUGGGACAGAGACUUCAACAGGUAAAAUCUGAACCAAAGGUAUCGUCAUCUGCCACCCAUAAGGAGACAGAAGUUCUCGGUUCAGCAUCGACCUGUAUUGUUCGUUGUGACAGUUACAACAAUGAUCCCGAUAACGGUGAUGAGUAUAAUGAUGGAAGCCUGCUUCCUUACCUGGAGAAAGAUGACAUGCUCGCAAGGAAAACAGGAUCUUACCAAAAACCGAGCGGGAAUCAGUUUAAUGCUUUUUUGCCUAAACCUGGAGGUGUCCACGGAAAAAAGAAGUCUGUGAGCGGGCAAUACCAGGCAAACCUCAAAACUGGUGGACAAGAAAAGAAAAAUACUCAGGAGAGUAACCAUGGCUACACUCUCAGCCCCACCCCUAGAUCUGUGACCCCACCCCCAGCAGAAGUUGAUGACAUGCCUAGAAAAUGCCCUCAAAUUCUGGAUGGGCAGAAAGCAGAUAUAUGCAUGAUAGGUGGGGAAAUUGAUGUUGUGGGCGGGGCCCAGGCACAAAGCCCUUUACCCUUACCUGACCCUGAUGCACGGCACACGUUUUGCCUGGAUGAUGAUGUUUUCCCCUUGACAGUCAGUCACAAGUCAUCUAGUGUUUCUGAUGAAACUGAGAGCGUCAGUUUAAUUGACAUGCGCGACGAAGAGGAGGAUGUGGACUCUCUGUCACCACACAGCCAAACACGACACGAGGGGCUACACAACCAGUACAAUAAGGCCAAAGAGGAGGAGGACCAAUGGCAAGAUGACUUAGCUCGGUGGAAGAAUCGUAGGCGCAGUGCCUCUCAGGACCUGAUUAGGAAAGAGGAGGAGAGGAAGAUGAUGGAGAAACUGAUGACACCAGGAGGAAGUUCUCAUCGCAGGAAGAGCAUCAAGACUUAUAAAGAGAUUGUGGAGGAGAAGGAGCGUCGAGAGCAGGAGCUGCACGAGUUAUACUGCCAAGCCUCGACUCCUGAGGAGAAAGCAGCCAUAUUACAGCGCUAUGCCCUCCGCUUUACCAUCAGUGAUGCCAUAUUGGAGAAACUCCAGCUUCCAAAACUCCCUUCUGUUGCGACACUCCAACCUGCGUCUGCGCUGAAUGAAGAAGCCGAAAUUUCCGGAUUAUUUGGUGAUGUAGAAACAGAUUCCAGUGACCAGAAUCUUAAACUGAUAACACAUAGUAUAAUGUCAGGGAGUCACUUCAACACUUCAGAUUUAUCACCUACCCAAGACUUUAGAAUUCCAGAAAAUACAGACUCUAAAUCAUCAGAAGUCCAGCUUUCUCCAGUUCAAGACUCCAAAACAUCAGAAGUCCAACUUUUUCCAGUUCAAGACUCCAAAACAUCAGAAGUCCAACUUUCUCCAGUUCAAGUCUCCAAAACAUAUGAAGUCCAACUUUCUCCAGUUCGAGACUCUAAAACAUCAGCCGUUCAACUUUCUCCAGUUGAAGUCUCCAAAACAUAUGAAGUCCAACUUUCUCCAGUUCGAGACUCUAAAACAUCAGACGUUCAACUUUCUCCAGUUCGAGACUCUAAAACAUCAGACGUUCAACUUUCUCCAGUUCGAGGCUCCAAAACAUCAGAAGUCCAACUUUUUCCAGUUCAAGACUCCAAAACAUCAGAAGUUCAACUUUCUCCAGUUCUUAUUCCAGAGACUUCCUCCAGAGACUCCAAAUCUCCAGACAUAUCCUGCUCACCUUCCCUUGUCUCCAAAUCUUUCGAAUCACCUCUUUCUCCCUUCAGAACAGCCCAAACCCCUGACGUCCCUCUCUCACCUGUUUGGAUACCACCUGCUCCAUCAAGACCUGUGCCUUUACUAACACCGAAACCAUACAGCCAGCCCAAAUUUAAUCAGCCUUCUAAUAAGCAUGUUAAGAAUGAUGGCCUGGUGCGUGUGAACGGUGACUCCACUGUAGAGGACAAAAGAGAGAGUCCAGUGAGACCUGUUUCCUUCAACCCAACACCACCUAAAUCAAGUCAGAGUCGUCAACAAGUGUCAGAAAUCUCAGUGGGAAGUGAACUCUCAGCUCAGGAGUGCACUCAGAUUUCCACUAUUCAAAAAACUGAACCAAUUAAACAGAGAACGGAGGACGAGACGUCCAAAUCUGUCACCGAUUCAGAGCUAGCAGGAAUGCAAACCGGCCCAGAUACAGCAGUGAAGCGCAACUGUGUGGUGAAGACGACCAUCGUGACAGAGCUUCGAGAAACACACUUGCUCCCUACAACAGCCACUCCUGUUGCUGACCAGAUGAGCUGUUCAGAUGGAUUAGACCUGAAAUCUGACGAGAAUUCCUUCAGUGAGUCCAGAAAGGCUGACGUUACCUCUUACUCACUGACUCUGUCAGAUCCCACACAUACCUCCAGUAGCUCUAAGUUACGCUGGGAAUUCUUCGCGCCUGCAGAGGGAUUUGACUUCACCAGCGAAUGUAUCGAAACCCCGAUCUUGAACCUUGCAAAGAGGGUCAAUCACUGGACUUGGGACCCUAACGAAGAGCGUAAGCGGCAAGAGAGGUGGCAACAGGAGCAGGAGCGCCUGCUACAGGAGAAAUAUCAGCAGGAGCAGGAGAGACUCAAGCAGGAGUGGGAGAAAGCUCAGAAGGAGGUAGAAGAAGAGGAAAGGAAACACCACGAAGAGGAGCAACGGAUCCUGGAGGAAACGGUGACCCCACUGACCCCGCACUCAUCCUCUGGUAUGACGGAAGCCCUGUCCACUUCCACGACCCAUCACGACACCAUUGUGUUGUCCUUGGCUGACUGGGAGAGGAAGCAGGAAAUGCUGGAGAAAGAAGCAAAGAUGAACCAGAGAAAUGGUUUAGAACACAGGUCUGAUGAGACUAAAGCAGGAUCAUCUCCACAGCAGAAAGACCAAAGAGCAGAAGUUCAGGAGAGUCAGUCAGCUACACCACAGCUGCAGUUCACACAGGAUGGGUCCUGGAGCUGCAAAUCGGAGAGCAAACAAGAGUGGAAAAAAACAGCCUCCCUGGACAGGAAUGUGAGCCCAUCACAGAGUCAGCCUCCUAGGAUGAGGAGGUCUGGGUCGUGUGAAAACGUUUUAGGGGCACACACAUCUCCAUCAUCACAAGACACAUCACCCUCAUCUUCAGACAGGUCAGUGAGUGCGAAGAAGUUGUGCUCUAGCUGUGCACAGCCACUGGGGAAAGGAGCCGCUAUGAUCAUCGACACUUUGGGCCUUUACUUCCACAUUCAGUGUUUUAAGUGUGGUGUGUGUAAAGGGCUGCUCGGUGAGACGAGCACAGGAACCGACGUCCGGAUCCGGAACGGCGUCCUGAACUGUCAUUUGUGCUACAUGAAAUCUCGUGCCGCUGGUCAACCCACAACGUUAUAAAGCCUUUUUUUUUGCUCCCGAAUCCAAGAGGAACUUCACCAUUUGCCAAGCCCUCAGAAAACUGGGCCAACUUCACGAUAAACACUUAAUAAUAACAUGUAUGUGAAUUACACUUCAUUAUAUUUCAGAACGUCUCAACAACAACAACAACAACAAAAAGAAAACAAAGAAGCACAAACCACUUUUGACUUAAAUGGAUCAAACUGGAAUGUCGUUUGGAUUUGGACAAUAUUUCUGUAGGUGGGGUUGGGGGGGGGGGGUGUCUCCUUGUGGCAAUAAUUCGAACCACCACACGCAUGAGCAUGCACUGCGUUUAUUCUAUUGGUAAAGUCUCUAGCUCAAAAAGCAGAGCACGCGGAAAGCUCCCGGGUAGAUCAAUUAGCAAUUUGACCUGUUUUAUUCAUAAAAAAAUUCUUUUUAACUAAAUCCCGUGAACGACCCUUGUGAUUGAGACGUGAGAGACGUGGCUGUUGCGUAUUUACAUCAGCAGUUUUGCACUUUAGACUUUUGAAUCUAUGAGCCUUCAGCCACUGACCACAAAGUUUCGGGAAGAAACACAAAGAUAAGUGUAUUAAGCAAUGAUUAUUUAAUCAUUUACCUGUUUUUGCUUGGAAAUGUAGAACGACUGAGAUGUCUGUCAAACCCGUUUGGCUUCCGAGCAGACCUCGAGUGUACUAUAUUGGGGUGGGGGGUCUUUUUUGACCUAUGUAGUAUGCUUAGCGGAAGUAGGAUGCCAAUUCGAAUGCACCUUGGAUUUACGGCUGAGUCCCAAAUGGCUUGUCGCACCACGUAGUGCACUAUAGGGUAUGUAAUAUGUCAUUUGGAAAGAAAAAUGAUCGAUUUUACAAAAGAUCUAGAAGUCAGUAUGUCGUCCCAUAUCCUCUGCACCCUAUGCAGUGCACUGCUAAAGGUAUUGAUUGUAAAGCCUUUUAGGAUUCAGCCAGAGAAUGAACGGAUUUAAAAAAUGUCUUGGUUUGUUAACUAAGUUAAGUUAAUUGUAGUGUUGAACAGUUUUAAGAGUAUUUCCUCUUAGUUUUUCUAUUUAUGUUCUCUUUUGUUUAUCAUCUCAUUUUGUUCUAAUGUUAGUUUGCCGGUUUUUUAAUGCAUGAUGUUUGAAGUCUCAGAAAUACUAGACGAAUAUCGAUUAUUAUUUCCAUCGUGUUGUUUUUUUCGGUCGCUUAUGUAUGUUUGGUUUUUCACAGUCUCGUGCUGGAGAAAGAACAAGACAGUCGGGGUUUUUUGUUUUGUUUGUUUGUUUGUUAGUUUUAUCUUGUUUUGGAGAAUCCUGUCUACUUUUCCCGACAGUCGUCGGUCAUAUCAAUGUCCAUGCCGUGCCUUAAAUAUGACCUGUACUCUUGGUGGGAGUUUGUGAGGUCGUGUAUGUGUAUGCAGCAUCCAAAGCUUUGUAGAGCGAUUUCACAUAUUUUUUUUUUUGCAGCCCACAUUUAAUGUACAACACUAAAUAUAUACUGAGCAAAAUUCUCGCUUAAGCCCGUUGUGUUUUGUCUGGAUAAAAAUAGUUUUUAAUGAACUCAUAAGGUUUUGGCGUCCAACUGGACUUUGAGCAUUGAAGUUUCACGUGUUAAUCUACAGACAGCAAAGUUGAAUUCAUUUCAGGUUUAUUCAACAAUUCAAUUCUACAGUCUCUAAGCUUUUAUAUUACUUAUCUUUAUAAGUUAGCAUUGUUUACAUAGUUGGACAAAUCAGAACUAUAUUAACGGGGCCAAUAGGCAAGUAACAGCUUCUUAAUUCAGUAGUAUUUCAGUUUCAAUUUAUUUGUCACAUACAGAGUACGACAUACAGUGAAAUGCUUUAAGUUUUUAUAUAUCCCAGGUUAUUAUGAGCCCUGGGGUCAGUGCGCAGGGUCAGCCAUAGUAUGGCGCCCCCCCGAGCAGAUGAGGCUAAGGGCCUUGCUCAAGGACCCAACGUUGAUGUCUCAGCAGCUUGUGGGCUUGAACCCCCGACCUUCUUAUCAGUAACCCAAAGCAUUGAACCAUUAUGUCCUCUCAAUUUUAAUUUUAAUCCUGAUCAGGAAGACCUUAAUGAUUAAAAUUAAAUACCCACUUGCUAGCCUACGGUCCUGCUUGAAGUACCAUGACAGAAACGCAUGCGAUUAAGCUAACAAACGUAUAUGACAUAUAAACUUUACAGCGAUCGAGAAGGAAAUUAGAAUGUGCCUGGAAAUUGCGUCAUCGGUGUUCCAUUGUCUUUAUAAGUGCACAAUUCACGAUACUGAUUUAAAGCUGAUUGAGACACAGCCUUUUUUAAUGAAAAGUAGCUUUUUAUACAGUAAGCUGUUAGCCAUUCAAGUGAAUUAAGACAGAUAAAAGGAAACUUGAACCUCAUCUAAAAAAAAUUGUUGGUUUAUCGAUCUGUCGUGUCUAUGUGUGUAGUGCGGCAGGAGGUGGGAUUGUAAGCGAACUGCUUAAACGUUUACAGUUUAAAAGUAACGCUGCCACUUUAGUUAUAGCUGACAGCUAGAUAAAAAAGUAAUACUUUUGUUUUGGUAUACUUUUUGUUUUGUUUUUUAUCUUUGUUUGACAAACUUGCCUGCUAGGCAGCUACACACACUUGUCCCAGGCUCCUGGGCUGCUGAUUUGUCCAACCAUGGAUAAUAUUUACAAAGAAUAACCCUCAAGAAAAUUCAAGCCCAAGUCUGUUUAAAUAACCUUAAUAAUCUUCCUUAAUUCACCUUAUUAUCCUGUUUUGUGUAAAAGCAGGAUGUGUCCCAAACAUCGGGAAACGAUAAGAGUUCUGUUUGGAAUCCGCCAAAAAAUCAAACCCACCAAACUUAAAAAUAAAAAUAAAAGUGAGAGGUUUUCAGUCAUUUCUAGUAAGAACACAGACUCGACAUAAAUACUAGUGUUUGGGACAUGAACUGUUCAUGUAUGCCUUUUAUUUGCUUUGCUAAUCUCUAAUUAUGGUCGAAUAAGUAGGUGAUUAGCAGGAUUAUUAGGAUUAUCUGAUAUUUUGUUAUUCACUGUACUUUCAAGUCCUCCUGGGAAGAUAUUUCGUAUUUACGAGUUCACGACAUUAGGUGCAAGAUGAAGGUGAACCUUCUAUUAAUUACUUCUAGAAAGUCACGAACAAAAUGUUAAUCGAGGGUGAUUUUGCUAUUUUAAUCAAUUUGAGCCAACUUUAUCGUUACAUAUUGUAUCGUAAUUGUACAAUGCUCACAUGCCUUGUGCAGGUAAUUAGUUUGUUAACAAUAUGUUCAUUAAAUCCAUGUUUUCUGAAUGACACGCUGCUAACUCUGAGCUCAAAGAGAUUCUCCACUCGUAAUUUCGACAUUCUGGUGGAGUUCUUGCGCAUUCAACUCGUAAAUACGAUCUUUCUGACUUGACUUGAACGUACCAUCAGAGAGGAAUUGAGUUGUUGAUGAAAGUGACCUGGUGAAAGCUCGAUAUUUAUUCGAUCAUCUUUGACAAACCCUCCAGAAGCAGUGGGUUUUAUAGCAAGUGUAUGUUUAUAAAAAUAAACUAUUUUAAAUGUA